AUGGACGGUGUGAUAGAGGCGCUGUACAUCUACGAUGAGCGCAACUCGCCUGUCCUCUCGCACACGUAUACGUCGCGGCCGCUUUCUUCGACGCACCUCCUCCCACUCUACCUCUCCCACCCACAGCCGCGGCCGAACCUCAUCUACCUCCCGAACACCAACCCGCCCACCCUCGUCUUCUCCCUCGUCCACUCAAAUCUCCUGUUCCUCUUGACAACCUCCGGCGAGGUCGAACCUCUCCUGGUGCUCGAAUUCCUCCACCGCGUCAUCGAUGCUUUCGAAGAGUUCCUGGGUGCCCCUCUUAUAUCCCACAAAAUCGAGUCCAACUAUGAUGUCGUCGCUCAGCUGCUCACAGAGAUGUGCGACGCCGGCAUGGUCGCCACCACCGAGCCGAACGCCCUGCGAGAUGUGGUCGAAGUAGAAGGGUGGAUGGGCAAGCUGUUGGGCAGCAUCACCCUGCCGGGCCAAGUCAAGGACCUGAGCGCAUACGGCCGAUCACCCAGCCCCGCCCUGGGCACACCUUCGCUGCUCCAGAACACAACGCCGUCGUUGCCAUGGAGGAGGGCCAACGUCAGGCACACUAGCAACGAGCUAUACGCUGAUGUGGUGGAGACGCUCAACGUCACUCUUGCGCCGAGCGGGAGGCCGUUGGCCGCAUUUGCCAACGGCACGAUCGCCUUCACCAGCAAGGUUUCGGGGGUUCCAGACAUCAAUAUGACACUUACAAGCCCCUCGGGCAAGCACAAUCUCGGUAGCGUCAUGGAGCUUCCGGUGUUCCACCCCUGUGUGAGGCUAGCGAGGUGGAAAGAACAACCUGGGGUGAUAAGCUUUAUCCCACCAGAUGGGAGGUUUAUAUUGGCGGGCUACGAGGUAGACUUGUUGCCAUUCUCUAGUGGCAAGAGCGGGAACUUGAGCUCGAGCAGUUUGAAGCUUCCGGUAAACCUUGAGAUGAAGACAGGUCUCGGACCAACAGGGUCGGACUUUGAGGUCAAGAUCUACAUCAACAAGAUAUUCGGCGCCCCAACCAGCUCGGGACCUCCUGGCAGGGGGGGCGCCAGCAAAGGAGUGCCCGCUUCUCCUUCGCUUGAAGACCUCGUCAUCACAGUGCCACUACCCGAGGACGUCAGAAAUCUACCUGAUGUCCGGCCGACCAAGGGAGACGCGACGUACAACCCGGGCGACGGAGAGCUGCAAUGGCACAUACCGUCCAAGGAGCUCAAUGCAGGAAUAACAUACUUCGGUUUGAAGUGCACGGUCACAGGUCCCUUGGCCGAGGGCGACCAGGAGGCACCAAUGGAUUACACCUACGAAGAGCCAUACCAAGCUGAGCCUACGGCGGCUGGGGCGAAGCUAGACAAGGCUGCUGGCGCAGGCUCGGAGGACGAUCGCGAUGCCAAGCGAGUCGCUCAGAACAAAAUCCUAAUGCCGAGCUCAGCAUCCGUGAGCUUUUCCGUGAAGGGCUGGGUGCCAAGUGGGAUCAGGAUAGAGAGCAUCUUGCUGGAUGUCCGGAAGAGCAGGGGCCUGGGAGAGGGCGUAAAGCCUUAUAAGGGAGUCAAGUAUUUGACUGUCAGCAAGGGAGGUGUGGAGAUACGGUGCUGA